CCAGGCCCCGCCCCUUCCCGCCGCGCGGCGCUUCCGUGCUCGGCGCCGCCCGUUCCGGGCCUGUCUCUUUAAGCCCCCCGAGGCGCGGCGGCGGCAGCGGCGGCACUGCAUGACCAUAACUGCACCAUGUCUGUCCCACGUGGAGCUGUCCAUGCAAAAUGGAUAGUGGGGAAAGUCAUUGGGACCAAAAUGCAGAAAACUGCCAAAGUGAGGGUGACGAGGCUCGUGCUGGAUCCCUACUUGCUAAAGUUCUUUAACAAAAGAAAAACCUAUUUUGCCCAUGACCCACUGCAGCAGUGUGUUGUUGGAGACAUUGUUCUUCUGAAAGCUCUGCCUGAGAGAAGGAGCAAACACGUGAAACACGAACUGGCUGAAAUUGUGUUCAAGGUUGGCAAUGUCAUAGAUCCCAUCACAGGAAAGCCCUGUGCAGGAACCAGAUUCCUGGAAAACCUGUCAGAUUCAGAAAAUCUCACCGAGGCAGAUACCACCUAUCUAAGUGAGAAACUUCAGGAACUUAAAGUUUGUUCAACAGACAAAUAGUGGGGGAAAUAUUUUAAGCAGAGGGCUUCCAGCUUUUGUGUCUCUCUGCCAGGGAUGUUUGAGGCCCUGCUGUGAUAUGUUAAAUGUUUCAGUGAAAUUUGUAGUCAAAACAAAUAGUAAAUGUAGUUGCUUAUGCAAAGAGAUGUUGCAGAUUGAUGGGCACCUGGAGCUUUGAAUGAAAAUACAGAGAAAAAUGCAAGUUUAGUGUUCACACUUCAUUUUGUUGCCUGUAGUUUUGCCCCAGUGACAGUUCCCAAAGGCAGCCGCCCUCCUGGAACGACCUCUCUGUGUUAAGACAAGACUACAACUGUGUGAUGUUUCAUUUUGGUGGGAGGGUCAUGAUCUUACUUGGUUGUUCUGUAUUUCAGGCAGUCUUUUGUGGUUUGUAGGGUUACUGGAGAUGAUGCUAUUAAAGUUUUCGAAAGGAAGUGUAGAAUUUUAAAACCA